GUGGCAUGCAGUCAGUGUAAGAGGUUCCGCGUCGCACAAGCUCCAGCGAAUCAAACCAAGUUUCUCUCUCUCAAAAAAUAAAUUCAUAAUUGUAACGGAUUUUAACCGAAACUUGAAUCGUUCAGUUUUUACAAGCAUUAUGCAGUCCAGUUUUGUGUUAGCGAUUGUCUUGGCCGGCGUAGCGCUGGCUGCGGCUCGUCCAGAGCCACCGCGUGAUACGUACAGCGCCCCACCAUCGAGCAGCUAUCAGCCGAGCGGACCCAGCGGCGGCUACGGUGCACCUGCACCACAAUAUGGACCACCACAGCAGCCGCCAGUGGUGCACAAGCAUGUCUAUGUCCAUGUGCCACCACCAGAGCCAGAGUACCAGGCCCCCAGGAAACCUGUGUAUGUGCCACCACCACAGAAGCACUACAAGAUUGUGUUCAUCAAGGCGCCAUCACCACCAGCACCAACUGCUCCAAUCAUUCCACAAUUCCCCCAGAACGAAGAGAAGACUUUGGUCUAUGUGCUAGUCAAGAAGCCAGAGGAGCAGCCAGAUAUUGUUAUCCCAACACCGGCGCCAACGCAGCCCAGCAAACCCGAAGUCUACUUCAUUCGCUACAAAACCCAAAAGGAGGAGACCGGACCCUACCCGAAUGCCAUUGCACCACCUUCGGAAUAUGGUGCACCCGCUGGCCCUCCAGCACCAUCGGCGCCCAGCAGCUCCUAUGGAGCACCUUCCCAUUAAACGAACCAACUCUGCCAUCUCUGGCCACCCUUCCUCCCCCUCCCCACUUCGAGCUAAACUUUACUGAUUUUUUACUCAUUUUUUUAUUCAUAACGAAAAAAAGAACAAAAAAAAAUCAUUUUGACGUGUGACAAAAUU